UUUCACUUUCAAGCGUUCAUUGUCUUUCCUAUCAUCUCUUGCAAUUCCUCUGACUCACAGUACCGUAACCUCUCUCUCUUUUAUUUCAUUCAGAUCUACUCAGUCAGCUCUUUUGAUCAUAAUGGCUUUGCUGACCUUCGAAAGAGCCUCCUCUUCUUCUUCCACUUCCCAGUGGAACUAUGAUGUCUUCUUGAACUUUAGAGCUGAAGAUACCCGCUAUGGUUUUAUAAGCCAUUUAUAUAAAGCAUUGUGUGGCAAUGGCUUUAACACCUUCAUUGAUGAUAACGUUCAGAGAGGAGAAGAAAUUUCAACUGAGCUUCUCAGAACCAUUGAAUUGUCAAUGAUUUCGAUUGUGGUAUUGUCUGAAGACUAUGCAUCUUCUACUUGGUGCUUGGAUGAACUCGUUAAGAUUCUUGAGUGUAGGACAAACGGCCAAUUGGUUUUACCAGUGUUUUACAAAGUGGAUCCAUCAGAAAUACGUAAACAAGAGAGGAAAUUUGGAGCAGCACUGGCUAAACAUGAAGAAAAAUUCAAGGAUAAGAUUUGCAGGGUGCAGAGGUGGAAGGAGGCUCUAAAAGAAGUCGGUAGUUUGUCUGGAUGGCAUUAUGAGAAUAGCUGCCCUGAAUCUAAAUUUAUCCAGGAAAUUAUUGAAAGGAUAUGGACAGUCGAAUUAAAUCGCACGCGAUUAUUUGUUGCUAAAUACCCAAUUGGAGUAAAUUCUCGUGCAAAGGCCAUAGAAUUGCUAUUAGAUGUUGAGUCAAAUGAUGUUCGAAUGGUAGGGAUUCAUGGACUUGGGGGAAUAGGUAAGACUACAAUUGCAAAAGCUGUUUAUAAUAGAAUUGUUGAUCAUUUUGAAGGAAGUUGCUUUCUAGAGGAUGUCAGAGAAACAUCAAGAACAAAGAAUGGUAUAAUCCAACUACAAGAGAAACUUCUUUCUACGAUCUUGCGGGAUAGGCAUUUGAAGGUAGAUAGUGUACCCCAAGGAAUAAAUUUGAUAAUGAAAAGGCUUCGCAAUAAAAGGGUUCUUUUAAUUCUUGAUGAUGUGGAUAAAUCAAAACAUAUAGAAAAUUUGCUUGAAAAAUGUGAUUGGUUUGCUUUGGGAAGUAGAGUCAUUAUAACAACAAGAGAUAAACACUUGCUAACUACUCUUGGAAAAGUUUAUGCAACUUACGAGGUCGAGGAAUUAGAUAUUGAUGAAGCUCUUGAACUCUUUAGUCAAUAUGCCUUUCAUGGAAACAAACCCGAGGAAGAUUAUUCUGAACUUGCAAGCCAAGUUAUACAUUAUGCCAAAGGCCUACCCUUAGCUCUAGCAAUAAUAGGUUCUGAUUUGUGUGGAAGAACUAUAAUUGAGUGGAAAAGUGCAUUAGAUAAGUAUAACAAAAUUCCCAAUGAAGACAUUCAAGAAAUACUUAAAGUAGGAUAUGAUGGAUUGGAAGAAAGUGAAUAACAUAUUUUUCUCGAUAUUGCAUGUAUCUUCAAAGGAAUGAACAAGGAUUAUGUUACAAAAAUAUUAGAUGCUUGUGAUUUAUAUCCAGAUUAUGGUAUUCCAAAACUUGUUGAUAAGUGUCUUAUAACUAUUGAUCAAUAUGGUGAAUUGUCAAUGCAUGACUUGAUACAACAAAUGGGUAGGAAAGUUGUUCAGCGAGAAUCACCACAAAUUCUCGGAGAACGUAGCAGUUUUUGGUGUUAUAAGGAUUCUUAUGAAGUACUAACUGGAAAUAAGGGUUUCAAUUCAAAGAUUUGAAAGAUGUCAAUCUCAAAUGUUGUGAAUUUAUUACGAAAUUACCUGAUAUAUGCACUCCAAACUUAGAGACAUUGGAACUUUUUUCUUGUAAAAAUUUAGUUGAGAUUCAUGAGUCUUUUGGAUUUCAUGAAAAGCUUAAAAAAUGAGGCCUCGAUUGUUGCAAAAAACUUCAAAUUCUUCCAAGGAACUUGAUGUUUAAAUCUCUUGAACAAUUUAAUAUUCAUCUUGAAAUGAAAGAAAGAUUUAAAGAUAUUAAAUUUUAGUGAGAGUAGUAAUAGAGAGUUGCCUUCAUCAAUUAGGUAUCUCAGUGGGCUUGAGAGAUUAGACGUAUAUGGUUGCCAAAACCUCAGGAAUUAGAGAUUACUACUACCAAAUUGAGAAUGGCGUACAAUCCUUUUGAUAGCUUUUAUGGAAACUGGUUUCUGAAGAUGAAAAUUCUACAUCUCAGCCCUCAUGCAAAUCUAAAUGCAUUAGAUAUUUUGAUGAAGCCUGAUUACUUCCCCGCUAUGGAAAGUCUAUUUCUCAGUGGAACCAAUAUUAUUACCAUCCCCAAAAGCUUCAGCAGAUUUCCUAGAUUAAAGACACUUUCAAUUUCAAAUUGCAAGCAACUUCAUGAAAUUCUAGGACUCCCACAAUCACUAUGUUCUGUAAUUGCAACAAAUUGCAUGUCAUUGGAUCCACAAUCAUCAUUGAGUCAGAUUCUAGAAACUAUGGGGAUUUUACCAAAUAGAGUAUAUGAAGUUGCAAGAAGCGACCUAUUAAUGGGUCCACAGUCCUCAACCAGAUUAUCACAUCAAGUUCUUCUAUCUGAUGAUGAAGGCUCUGGAAUUGAAGCUGAGGAUGAUGAUUGUGAAAUUUUGGAAAUUUUACAAAUAGAGCAUGUGAAGGUUUAAGAAGCAAGGAUCCACAGUUCUCCAAUGACAUCACAUCUGAAAUUACAAUACCAAGAGCUGAGAUUCCAAAGUGGUUCAACCAUCGUAGUGUUGGAAAUUCCAUAUCAUUCUGGGUUGGUCGCAGAUUUCCAAAUCUUUUUGCUAUCUAUAUUGCUCUUGGACCAGAGGAGGCACAAAGGAGUGAAUAUUCUUGCUUUGUUAGAGUUGACGCUUCCAUCAAUGGUUGUGAAACACUUCACUUUGGGGUUAUUGAUUUUAAAGAAAAUCCUAAUCACCUGUGGUUAUAUUCUCCGUCUCAUCAGCAUUUGCAGGAGCAUUUAAAUUACUCAAAUCCAUCUGAACAUAAUCAUGUUGAGGUUAAAUAUGAAAUCUAUGGUAAUAAAUCCAGACCUUUUUAAGAGCUACUAAAUCAUAUUGUCAUAAAAAGGUGGGGGGUUUAUGCAGAAUGCAUUUGGCCCUCAAAAAUCUGGUAUUCCUAGCUUGCGCCUUCUGAGUGCUAGCCAUGAUGAGGAUUAUGAUGAUGAUGAUGAUUUGCGUGUGUUGCCACUUCCCAAUACAUGUACUAACCUUGGAACUGAUGAUUUGGUUGCAAGAGAAUAUCAGCCUCCUCUGGUCUUUGAUGACACAUCUAAUUGGUGCAUGACUUGGCUAGUUGGGCCAACUGCCAAGUUUUUGAAGGCAUUUUGCUUCCUGGAGAUUUUUCCUCAAAGGGUCACUGAGGCCCUUAGAGUUUAGUGUUGACCUGUGUGGAGAUUUC